AUGUCUUGGAAACUCACCAAGAAGCUCAAGGAGACCCAUCUCGCCCCGCUGGCGAACACCUUCAGCCGCUCCUCAUCCACAUCUACCAUUGUCGACACCCCUAAGCCCACCUCAACAAGCCCUGACGCCAAAGAUCCCAAUGGAAUCGCCGCAUCUGAAGCGAACGCCAAUGCGCCCGCGCCGCCGUUGAAGCCCGGUAUUCUCAUAGUCACACUUCAUGAGGGCAAAGGCUUUUCGCUGCCGCCUGGAGCGGAGCAGGCCUUUGGCCACAGCAGUGGCCAUCACCAAGGAUCGCUAUCGCAAGGAGGCGGAUAUUCCGUUGCUGGCUCAAUGCGCCCUGGCGCUGGGGCAAUAGCAGGUUCUUACCAAAAGGGCCACGGCCGACCGCAGUCAGCUACUGGAGCCAUCAACCAAGCCCCGACCGUACAUGGUCGCUACUCGGCCAAACACUUGCCGUAUGCGUUGAUUGAUUUCGACAAGCAGCAGGUGUUCGUCAACGCCGUGUCAGGUAACCCCGAGAACCCGGUUUGGGCGGGAGACAACACUCAGUACAAGUUCGAUGUUUCCCGGACCACCGACCUCUCCAUCUCCUUAUACAUCCGCAACCCCAAUGCUCCGCCGAACGCUGGCCGCAACGAGGACAUCUUCAUCGGCACGUGCAAGGUUAACCCUCGCUUCGAGGAGGCGCAGCCCUACGUGGAAGACCCGAAAUCAAGUAAGAAGGACAAGGAAAAGGCGGCGGCGGCGCACGCUGAGCACGAAAAAUCACUUGGCCAAGUUGGUGCCGAUUGGAUCGACGUGGCUUACGGCACGGGUAACCUCAAGGUCGGCGUCCGUUUCGUCGAGAACAGACAAGAUCGCCUGACGAUCGAAGACUUCGAGUUGCUCAAGGUCGUCGGAAAGGGCAGUUUUGGCAAGGUCAUGCAAGUCAUGAAGCGAGAUACCCACCGUAUCUACGCCCUCAAGACCAUUCGCAAGGCGCACAUCAUUUCUCGCUCGGAAGUUGCACAUACUCUGGCCGAAAGAUCAGUGCUUGCUCAGAUCAACAAUCCCUUCAUUGUUCCCCUCAAAUUCUCAUUCCAGUCGCCAGAAAAGCUUUAUCUCGUGCUUGCUUUCGUCAACGGAGGCGAGCUUUUCCACCACCUGCAAAAGGAGCAACGCUUCGAUAUUAAUCGGGCGCGUUUUUACACGGCAGAGCUGCUCUGCGCUCUUGAGUGCCUUCACGGCUUCAAUGUCAUUUACCGUGACUUGAAGCCGGAGAACAUUUUGCUUGACUACACCGGCCACAUCGCCCUCUGUGAUUUCGGCCUGUGCAAGCUGGACAUGAAGGACGAGGAUCGGACGAACACAUUCUGCGGAACGCCGGAAUACCUCGCCCCUGAGCUACUGACCGGAGGUGGUUACACCAAGACAGUUGAUUGGUGGACGCUUGGCGUGCUUCUUUACGAGAUGCUCACGGGUCUGCCGCCGUUCUACGAUGAGAACACCAACGACAUGUACCGCAAGAUCCUCACGGAGCCCUUGCACUUCCCCGGUCCGGAGAUCGUCCCCCCUGCUGCGCGGGAUCUGCUCACUAGACUGCUGGAUCGCAAUGCGGAGAAGCGGCUGGGUGCCAACGGUGCCGCGGAGAUCAAGGCGCACUACUUCUUCCACAGCAUUGACUGGAGAAAGCUUCUAGACCGCAAGUAUGAGCCGAGUUUCAAGCCGAGCGUGACCGAUCAGAGAGACACCGCGAACUUUGACCGAGAGUUCACCUCCGAGGCACCGACAGACUCGUACGUCGAAGGGCCAAUGCUGUCGCAAACGAUGCAGCAGCAGUUCGCCGGCUGGUCAUACAACAGACCGGUCGCUGGACUGGGUGACGCGGGAGGCAGUGUCGUGGACAAUUCGUUCGAGGAUGCUGCAAGGUAA